GGAGCGUGAACGGGACCGCAUCUCUGUCUCUGGAAUACCAUGGGAGCAAACAUCGACACCCGCUCUAGUCCUCCGCCAAGGAAGCGGCUUCGGACAGACACUACCGCAAGUACUCAGAAGGCCAAAGCGGAACCUCGACUCUUCGCCCCCUUCCGUGCUCUGGGGCUCAUCACCAAUAGCGUUCCAUUUGUGCUUCAAACGCGCUCACACAAAGGCGCUACCGAUGGGCCCCGCAUACACCUUGUUACGUGUCUGGGCAAGGCCUGGGCGAUGUGGGAGGGUGGCAAAAUGGGUCUGCUUUUCGUAGGUCCCGAUGCCCCCAUGCCAAUCGCGUCUAUGGCGAUGGAUGGGAACGCGGUAUGGAUAUCCUCGGGUCCAUACGUCAUAAAAUAUCUGCGGGGGAAGGAGGUUGACCGACUCUCAAACCCACUUGAAAGCUCGUUAACCCACAUUCUCAUUUUCGGGACACAACUGCUUGCACUCACUGAGGAUGGCGGCAGAAUGUUGGUAUGGGACACGGAAAGUGGAGAGCUCCAGACGACCAUCCAGUUCGAUCCGGGCUUUACGGCCAUUAUGAUCCAUCACCCUGCGACCUAUCUGAACAAGGUUCUCGUAGCCAGUAGUCAAGGGAGCAUGCAGCUCUGGAACACCAAAACACAAACAUUGAUACACACAUUUCCCUCCGCGUCGCUCCUCACGUCACCCUCAAAAACAUCCUCCACAGCUAUCACCGCUUUGGCCCGCUCGCCGGCUAUCGAUGUCGUCGGAAUUGGGUUCUCGUCCGGGGAGAUCUCAGUUUAUGAUAUUCGUGCGGAUGAGCGCCUCAUGCGCAUGUCCAUGCAAGAUGGAGGCAUUCGUGCGCUCUCAUUCCGAAGCGAUGGCCAUCCUAUUCUCGCGACAGCCUCUUCUGCGGGGCAUAUCGCGCUUUGGGACCUCAACUCCGGAGGCAGGCUGCUGCAUCUCGUCCGCGGCGCACACGAUGGAGCCGUCACUGCUCUGGAAUGGGUGCCGGGUCAACCAGUGCUGAUCAGCUCGGGAGAAGACAACAGCGUCAAGCAAUGGUUGUUUGACUCGCCUACAGAUGCACCGAGGCUGCUGAAGUUCCGUUCAGGCCACCAUGCGCCACCACACCUCAUCCGUUAUUACGGCGAGGACGGCAAGCAACUCCUGACCGCGUCUCGCGACCGUAGCUUACGGUGCACGAGUGUGGUCCGGGACUCGCGAAGCUUUGAGCUCAGCCAAGGCUCCCUGGCGAAAAAGGCGUCCAGUCUGUCAAUACCCAUAGCGUCCCUCAAAUUCCCCGCCAUAUCAGCGUUAUCCUACUCGACGAUUCGAACCAAGGACUGGGACGACAUUCUCACCGCACACACGGACGAAGCGGUCGCGCGUUCAUGGACGAUGAAGGACAAGCGUGUUGGCAAGCACGUCUUCACUGUUGCAGGCGAGAAAAAGAAGGGCGCCGCGAUAGGCUCCGUCAAGGCGGUGUGCGUCACGGCGUGUGGCAACUUCGGUAUCGCAGCGUCGUCGACCGGCGUCAUCAACAUGUACAACAUCCAGUCCGGAAUCCUGCGCCGCACAUUCGACGUCGGGCCCUGUCCGUCGAAUGUCCCCAGUCGCUUCCGGCCAACUGCGAAUGGGAAAAGGAAGGAAGAGCGCUGUAUCACGGGCCUCGCGAGUGAUGCUUUGGACAGGGUGCUCGUGGCGAGCACGUUGGACGGCACGAUCAACUUCUUUGACUUCCACACUGCCGCACUGGAGCACACACUAGUGCUGCCGUCUGCUGCGGUGUCUAUCACAUUGCAUAGGGAUAGCGGGCUGCUCGCCGUCAUCUGCGACGACCUCGUCGUGCGAAUUGUUGACAUCGAGACUCGACGUAUCGUGCGAGAGCUCGGCGGCUUCCGUGGUCGUGUAUUGGACCUGACGUUCUCGCCGGAUUCAAGAUGGCUCGUGACAACCUCGAUGGACUCGAUCAUCCGGACGUUCGAUAUUCCUACUGGCAGGAUGAUCGACCUGUUCCGCACGUCGAGUGUGGCCACGAGCAUCACGUUUUCGCCUACGAAUGACUUCCUGGCGACCUCGCAUGUUGAUAGUGUCGGCGUGUACCUAUGGGCAAACCGUGCGCAGUACUCGGAGGUAUCGUUCGGGAGCAUCGUCGAGGACGACGUCGUGGAUGUAUCGCUACCUUCGAUGCAGGGUGUCGCUGAGGAAGAAGCCUUGGAAGCGCUGUCUGCGCUGACCGUACAAGACCAACCUACGGACGUCUUCGUCACCCCGCCCCAGCUGGACGGCGACCUCGUUACACUCACCCUCCUCCCCCGCUCGCGCUGGCAGACGCUGCUCAACCUCGAGGUCAUCCAGCAACGCAACAAGCCUAAGGAGCCGCCAAAGCAGCCCGAGAAGGCGCCCUUCUUCCUGCCCACGCUACCGGGUGUCGACCAGCGCUUCGCGCCAGAGCAGAAGGUCGCGGCGGAGCAGAAGCAAAAGGACACGCACCGACUCAAGCGAGCCGCGGGGUCCGCCGAGAGCGCGUUCUUCACGAAGCUCUCGGAGGCGCACGAGAGCGCGUCUUCCGAUUACGAGGAGUUCUUCACGUACGCGAAGGCACUGUCUCCCGCGGCGAUGGACCUCGAGCUGCGCUCGCUCGUGACGCUCGACGCGCUGCAGAUGUUCCUCGGCGCGCUUACGCGCCGCCUGCGCUCGCACCGCGACUUCGAGGCCGUGCAGACGUUCAUGAACGUCUUCCUGCGCAUGCACGGCGACGUGCUCGCCGCGAACGCCGAGCUGCAGCGUGACCUGGAGACGCUCGCGGGCGCACAGCGCAAGGAGAGCGAGCGGUUGCUGGAGCUGCUUGCGUCCUCGCUGGGCACGCUCGGCUUCGUGCGGGAUACGAUGUGAGGCGGGAUACAUACGCUACGCUACAGGCGUCUUGAAGUACAUUUAGGCUACAGUUCUACGCGGAA